CUCUUUCAGCGGGAUGCCAAGGGACAGUACCUAUUCGACCUCAUCUGCCACCAUCUCAACUUGCUGGAGAAAGACUACUUUGGCAUAAGAUAUGUUGACCCAGACAAGCAAAGGCAUUGGUUGGAGUUUACAAAGUCAAUUGCCAAACAAAUGAAAUCCCAGCCUCCAUUCACCAUGUGUCUACGUGUGAAGUUUUACCCGCCCGACCCUGCCGCCCUAAAAGAGGAAAUCACCAGAUAUCUCGUCUUCCUGCAGGUUAAGAGGGACCUCUACCAUGGUCGCCUCCUGUGCAAGACAUCAGAUGCUGCUCUUUUGGCUGCCUACAUAUUACAAGCUGAAAUUGGUGACUACGACCCUGGCAAACACCCAGAGGGCUACAGCUCCAAGUUCCAGUUCUUCCCCAAGCACUCAGAGAAAUUGGAGCGGCGGAUUGCUGAGAUCCACAAGACUGAGCUGAUAGGUCAGAGUCCUGAAACAUCAGAGCUCAACUUCCUCCAGAAGGCUCAGAUGCUGGAGACGUACGGAGUGGACCCUCAUCCAUGCAAGGAUGUGUCUGGCAACCCAGCUUUUCUGGCUUUUACUCCUUUUGGAUUCACUGUGCUGCAAGGAAACAGGAGGGUCCAUUUCCUCAAAUGGGAGGAGGUGACCAAACUCAAGUUUGAAGCAAAGACAUUCCAUAUAUAUGCAAAUCAGAAGGAGGAUAAGAAGAUCAUACUGACAUACUUUGCACCUACACCGGAGGCCUGUAAGCAUUUGUGGAAGUGUGGAGUCGAGAAUCAGGCCUUCUACAAGUUGGAGAAGUCGAGUCAAGUUCGCACUGUGUCAAGUAGUAAUCUAUUCUUCAAGGGCAGUCGCUUUAGAUACAGUGGAAAGGUUGCAAAAGAAGUAAUGGAACAAAGUGCCAAAAUCAAGAGAGACCCCCCUGAGAUACACAGGGCUGGUAUGGUGCCGAGCAGGAGCUGUCCAUCCAUCACCCAUGGCCCUCGUUUGACGAGUGUGCCCAGGACCCGACGGCGAGCUGUGCACAUCUCCAUCAUGGAGGGUCUGGAGUCCCUUCGAGACAGCGCCCACUCCACGCCUGUGCGCUCCGUCUCCCAUGGGGACUCCUUUAUGUCUUCUCGGGGCCACAUGGUGGACGGCAGUGAGGCAAGCACGUCUGCAAUCAUCUCUGAUGAGGCCUACAGCCCUUCGGACAGCGUGCUGCCCACACCUGUGGCCGAACACGGGAUGGAGAUGCCAUUGGCUCGUCACCUCAAUGGAGCUCCCCGCAGCAUCGAUGAGGAGAAGGAGCCAGAUGCAGGUGCAUCGAAGGAGAGGCAAGCAGGGGCUUGCACUUCCGGCAGGAGAGGACUGCGUAUGAUCAGGAGCAGGCCAUCACCACCAAGCGAUGUAGAGGAGCUGAACAAGUUCAUCCUGAGCGUGUUACGGCUGUUCCUCGUUACCAUCGGACUGCUGUUCGCCCUGCUGCUGCUCCUCAUCAUGCUGACAGAGUCAGACUUGGACAUUGCCUUCCUGAGAGACAUCCGCAAGACACCUGAAUUCCAGCAGUUCCACUUUGAAUACUUCUGCCCUCUGCGGCGCUGGUUCGCCUGUAAGUUACGAUGGAUGGGAGGUUUUCUCGUCAGCAAGUGAAGCAAAGUGAAAGAUGCAGAAACUGAAUGACACAACACAGGGGACACACACACACAGAGGGUGGGACAGCAGCCCUAUUCUGAUUAUCAAGUCAGCUUCUCCCAGGAAGGAGUUCCUGUCACAAGCCAAGUACUGUCCCCUGAUGGGCCUUGUUUGUUUGACCAUCACUGCGAGGAAAGGAAAUCACAUUUUACUUUGGUAAUUCAGGUCAUUUCAAGGUAUUUUAUUUUUUACACAGUCACAGUAACAGGGUUUAAUUUAAACACCGAAAGGGACAAGCAAGUCUGACAGACUUCACCUAUUCAACCACAGAAAAUAGUUGCCUUUAUUUUUGUAUUAAUUUAUAUGUUGCAACAUCAUUGUAAGGCAGAAUGACCUGAUGUGUGGGGUGUGUUUUGUGUGACCUGAGAGUUUGAGUAAAGUUUUGAGAGAAGAUGAGAUGGGGGCCCAUUCUAGCUCAUCUAAUUUUCAUAGUUCAAACCAAUAGUAACAUUCAUUAUGAUGAAAUGUUACUAUGGUCGCUGCUUUGAGAUUGGAAAGUUGAGUUGUACCAGUAUCUGAGGGUUAGAGAAAGUGUGAAAUGGAAAACUAAGCAGUAAUGAAUGUAGAUCAAUCCUGAGACAAAUAAGACAAAUAUUAAAGUUUUCUAAAAUGGAAUUGGCCAUGUAGAGGGACACAUGUGAGUGUUAAAACACAGGAAAGAGUUGCAAAAAUAAUAAAUGCACCUUUGAAUGAUGGACAACUUUCCUGAAUUGUCCUGAUGUGUUAUACAACCCAACACCUAGUAUACUGAAUUUAAACAAAUGCUAAAAAUGUGUUGCAGUAUGUAUUUGACUCAGGAGUGAUGUUGCUGCUGACCUGUUGGCUUGAAUCAUUGUUACUGUUAUAACAAUAUGUGGCCGGACGUCCAUUAACAGUGUUCUCACGUUACCGUUUCUGUCCAGCUGUUAGAGCACCGAUAAAGUUUUGUCAUCCAGUGACUAUAUAUUAAGGAUAAAUUGUAAGGACAUAAGUAAGUAAUGGAGGUGGUAGGUUUACUGAUUUUAUACCAUAGCAGCCAAAUAAUGCUACUAGCUACAAUCAACUUCUGUGUGUAAGGAGCAGUUGUCACUUUGCUGUAGUUACUUUUACAGUAGUUGUAAAGGUGAUGGGACUAUUUGAGUUAGUCCUGUAGUGAUAGUGAAGUGUUUGGUUAGCUCUUUGCCUCCCACACUCUGUAGACGGAGUUUAUCUUGAUGUGCAAUACUGUUAAUAUAAAAAAACCAACAAGAUCCUUUCCAUUAAGGGAAAUCUGACCUUGUUUUACCUUUGUAAAGUGCAAAAUCUAGUGCUAUUUUCCCCACAGUACCCGAUUAAGAGAGCUUGUUGUAAGUUCACAUGUUGAGUGAAGGUCAUUUAACUUUGUUUAGUCCUGCUGUGUUCAAAUUUAUGCAUUUAUCUGUGAAGGCUGAAUAUAUUUAAAUCAUGUUUCCAUUUUUGUACAAACUGAUGUCUUGUUAACACAUGGAUAUU